AUGGGCCUCUCUGUGUGGAUGGAGUGCUGCUGCCUGAACUCCAGUACCUGCGGCAGCUCCUGCUUUGCACCCCUGCUCUGUGGCACUCGGAGUUCCUGCUGCUUCAGCAGCGAGACUCCCAAAGCCAGAGGGACUGACAACGAGCGACCGAGGGUCCACACCGCUCUGUCAGACGCACGCAGCGCACCCUGCCUUCAGGAGGGGCGGCGGCGCCCGGCCGUGCCUUCCUGCAGCCACGGGGUCCCCGCGGCGCGGGGCGGCGGCAGAGGUGAGUGGCGCUCCUCGCCCCGCUCGGCGGCGGGCGGCCGGGCGCGUUGCGUAGCAGGGCUAGGUGGGCUGCCAUGCGGAGCGCGGCAAUUGCGCACGGUCCCUUACGUAACCGUCAGCUGGGGAUUCCCUGGAGGGGGUCACUCUAUUCAACCAUUAAGCAGACCCCGGCCGCCGCCGCGCCGCGCCGCGCUCGGAUCGCCGCCGCCGCCGCCGCCGCCGUCGGUACCGAGGCCGCGGUCGCAGCCGGCGCGGCGGCUCCUCACAAAAUGGCGGCGCCCAUGGAAGCGGCAGCCCCAUUUUGUGCCCGGCAGAGCCUGUCAACAAAACGCCGACUUGGCCGAGGCUGAGGAACAGAAGGCGGCGGCUCGCUCGCGUUACGGAGAGCGGAGGGAGGAGAGCGAAGGAUUUCACCGCCCUCCCGCCGCCGAGAGGAGAUUUUCUAUACAGCGUGCGCGUUGGGGGAGGGAGGAGAGGGAGGUGAAGGGGGACGCGAGCAGCGAGCGCGUCAGAGGCGGCCUCGUCCCAGCGCGGAGCGGCGGCGCGGGGGAGGGGAAGCGAGGCGAGGCGGCGGCUUUGGCGGCGGCGGCCGUGGCGCUGCUACCGAGGGCGGCGGGCGCGGGCGGCGGGAGCGCGGGGCUCCGGGGCGUGAGGCGCUGCUCCCCGCGCGGGGCCCGGGCGGAGGGAGCGCUGCUGGCGGAUCGUGGCGAGCCUGCAAUGAGUGACAGGGCGAUCCAGCGCCGCACCGAGCUAACUAGGUCACUGCCAGCACUUAAUUACUGUUUGUUUCAUUUUAGUGCGUGCCUUAUGAAUAAACCGGCUAUUAGGCUGAUGCUUCAAGUAACACUAUCCAGCACCCAGUUUCAAGCCUUUCCCCUGAAUCUUUAGUAUUAAAUUCUGUGCUUAUCACCUGUCUGACCAACUGUUCCCAUCCAGAGCGCAGGCUACAAUUGCUCUUGUCAGCGUGCCACUGACUGCAUUGGCUUUCUGGUGGGUGAAUUACUCCUGCUCAUUUCCAUUUUCAUUUUUGCUUGUGCUGCUCGUGAAUUGUGGCAACAUUACGGUUUGAUUAGAGUAACUAGUAUCACUAGCUGAGUGCUAUUAAUGUUAAAUGGUAAACAGUAAAUCUUUAGAAGCUGAAGUUAGCAUAGUUAAUUUGUGUGUAUGUGCCAGUGUGUAUAUAUGUGUGUUUUUAGAAAAUGCGGCCUAUUAAGUGGGCUAGAGGAGAGACUAAAAUCACUCUGAAGACUGCAGGCAGCAGUGGUGCAUUAAUGUAGGUGCAGUCUGGAAAUGAACACAAGAAUUACAGAAUGAAAAUCUGAUAGAGGAGAAGGGGUUAGAAAUGUUGUGGUACGUUUUAGUGACGUUCAUCUGAACCGUUUUUAAUAAGAUGUGUUACAGUGUUGAAGUUAACUGCACGUUAGUCAAAGGGCUUCGCUGUUUGCGCAGCUUGCUGUGACAAAUGCACCUCUUAAGAAGAGGUUAACAAGAGGCUCAGCAAGGGAUUAGUUCUACCCCUUCUUACCAAGCAAUAUUUUAAAACUCUAUUCCAUAUGAUUGUGCUAGCUAGUUCUUAAAGAUGCUGCUGCUUUGUAGUAAGUGGCUAGUCUUCAGUGGCAGUUUAUUAAAUCAUAGAUUAAAGAAUUUAAUACAUGAAAUUAAAUGCUAAACAGUAGAGCAAAGGAGAAGCAAAUGUGCAAUAUUAUGGUCUACUUCUGCACGCUUGUACAAAAUUUCCACUGCAGUUAGAGGAGUUAACUGCCCUUCCUUGCAGGCUUGUUUUGGAUAAUCUUACGUAAAUAAAUAAAUAAUGCUUUUGCAUUGAAACUUUCUAAGUUGUUUAUUUAAUAGAUACUUCCCUACUGAAUGUGUUGUAUGCCUUCCUCAUCUUAUUUUUCAGUUAUUACUUCUCAGGAAGUAGAACAGUUGAAAAAAUGGGCUCCAUUAACACAAUCUUAAAUAAUCAAGUAAAUCACUUAAACAUUUUCUUAAAUAUUUUCUAUAACUAUUGUAAAUUUUCAGUAUUUGCUGUUCUUCGCAGAAGUCCAACUAUUGAAAUCAAUUCAUUUUAGGAUCAUCUGGGCCCCAAAUUAAAAACACUUCAUAGUUGAAAGUUUUUCAGUUGAGCAAUGUAGUAUGAAACAUGAAGCAGGAAAACCCUGAAAGCAGCUGAAGGAGAAGUAAAAAAUAAAUACGUGAACAUGCUCCCACUUGAUUUCAAAACUUCAGCGCUUUUGAAAUCGUAAUUCUUUUGUAGGUCCUGACUUUUGCGUUCUGAACACUUGGGAUUGGCCAUGCUUCAACAGUAAGAUUAGAUUAAUGAAUUCAUCAUAGCCUUUUCUUACAUUUAUCAGGCCAAAUUAUGGGCUGCAUUUCGUAAGCCAUCAUAUGUGUAAUACAGACUAAGGCCUGAGUAGUGGAACAUUUUUGAAGAUUCUUACAAGCACAGAAGUCACGCACCAGUUUGCCAUCAGGACAUUGAUGUUUUUUAAAAAGAAAAAGAAUGGGUUAGCACUUAGUAAAUGACCUAUUUGCAGUAUCACCUUGUAUGAUUGCAUGAUCUAGUGGAUGGCAUGCUUCCCCUGAAAUAGCACUAGUGUGAUUCAUGUUUCUGGUGGCAUGUGUGAAAGUUUGAUUGAGAUGCAAAACGGAAAGAGUUCUUUUGAAUGUUUAAAAGGAGCUGUGCUCAGAAAUGCAGAAAUUAUUGAUAUAUUUGGCUCAAACUAAAGGUUUUUGCGGAGCAAGAAUGAUGGUAGCACAGCACUGGUGUGGGAGGUCUCAUUAAUGCAGAAAACCAGGCCUAAUAACUUAAUGUUGUUUUUUAGAAGUUCAUGUGAUAAAAUGCUACUCAUGUGAGAGUUCUCACUAUUACAGAUAUCUGCAAGCAGUAGUCACUCAUCACAUAGCACUGUCUCAUCAUUGUAUUUUUACCAGUUCAAAAGCCAGUCAACGGUAGCUAAAAAUAUGUAGAAAUUUCUGUAAGCAGGUGCCUUAGUUAACUUUUAUAGACGCAUAAACGAAAAGGGAAGUAGUAUAAAUGUGUGGACAGACAUUACAUGUGACAUUUUAUGCAUUUCAUUAUAAUACACGCUACAAAACUUCUGAAAACCUCAGUAGUAAGCGAAAGAAAGACCAAUUAAACAAUGCUUUUGAAAUUGCCCACACCGAUCAAUUACUCAAUAGCAGUAAAAAAACAUGAAUAACCACAGGUGCGCUUUUGAAGGAGAAAAUUUGUUGUUUAGCUGUAAUUGUCAGUCUGCCUCUUGGUGCGUUACUUACUAGGGAUUUGGCCUUACAGACUACAGAUAGGUGAGCAGCAUUGCAUUGAGUGCUGCUGGGUUGUCCAAUAAAAAGAAAUAUUCCUCUGUUCAGCUUAACUGAAAGAAAAAAAUAUUUCAAACUUACUGCAUUUGGUCACACAUAACUUUAAAAUUGCACUUAAAUUGAUUUUAAACUUGAUUUUAAACUGUUUAGCUAUAGUGAUGUCUAACAAAACAGAAAAAAAUAUUGGAAGAAACAGUUUUUGAUGGUAUUUACAUAUAAAGGCCUGUCAAAUAUAGCCAAGUAUCAGUUCCUGUUGAUGGCAGUAACAUGAUAGCAUUCAAAGUUCUUAGGGGAAUCUACGAUGCUCAUCUUCUCUAGAUAUUACAGGAAGGUUUGUGAGGCUGGGCUGCUACUCUUCUGGGUUUCAAACCUGAGCAUAAGAUCUAUCUCACCCAGAAUCUUGUUGCAAAGGAUAACUGAAGAUGCUUACGUGGCAUUUAGGACUUGGUUUAUUGGGCGUGGUAGCGAGGGGUUGAUGGUUGAUCUUAGAGGUCUUUUCCAACUUUAAUGAUUCUGUAAUUCUAAGUAGUAAAGUGAUUAUAUGAUUCUGUAUCACCAAUUCUUGUUUUUUGUGGUUUCCAAAGGUACCAGGAUCACUGUAUUUAAGAGUGACUAAUGUGCAGAGCUGGGAGAGUCUGCCUCUGAGCUGAGAUAUUCUUGAGAGAAGAGUGAACUUUCUAGUCCCUUAACAAGAGGCUAGAAUGCAGUCUCUGGGUAUAAGGUGAAGUAGCAGUGUUAAAAUGUCUUACAUUAUCUUGUCCUUAUCUAGAUUGUGUGCUGUUUUGGGGAACUUCGCUCUAGGGAGAGGUCUCACCCUUCUCUUGAAACUCCCUUGCCUAUGUCAGAGAACAGUACAGAAGCUUGAAGAAUUUUUUCAGUCCUGCUGAAGAAGGAAAAAGGAGAUGAAAGAAAAUGUGUGUGCAAGCAAGAGAAUGAAAAAAACCUGAUAGUUUUAGGGUAAACCCCACUCUGGCAGCCUCUCAGCAGUGAUCAGUAACUCUCAGUGGCAUCCGCUUCAGGUACAUCUCCUUAGGUACAGUUGAUGCAGACUUCGUUUUCAUCUUUGGCUGAUUUAGAAAUGAAUAGUUUUGCACAUGUUCACACGAUUGGUAAUGUUAAGGCUUUAUAGUUUUCAGUAUUUUAUUUCAGUUUCUAGAAUGCAAACAAAUGCCAUAAGUCAAGUGCUGUAUCAGGGACUGCUUGUGCUGUGUUCUCCAGUGUAAACAGCAGUGUUGGGUAAGGUUUUGGUAUGGUUUAGUCUCUGAGAAUGAAACUUCUUCCUUUGUCAUUUCAUCCAUCAUCGAGUUACCCUUAUGUUAAUUUACAAAGUGAAGAUAGAUUUAUUUUUCAGUGCUACAAGUCCAGAUUGAUUUAUAAGACAACGGAAGUGAAGUCUGACUGUAAGUUGAACCCUUAGAAUAGUGUUUGAUCUAACUGUGUUUUAAUAAGUCUGGGAUCAUUCUUCACUGCAUGUUAGGGAAAUUAAAUAAUGUGGGUGAUAGUUUUUCUUCAAGAGGUUUUCAAGCUGUUACAGAACCCCCAUUGCAUUCCCUUGGAAUUAGUUCUGCUUAGUACUUAGGAAAAUGGAGCCACGUCCUUAAUCAAGGUGUGUUGGCCAUGUUUGCAGUGCUAUACAAAAAUGAUAGCAGAUAUUUGAUAGUGCAAGUUUCCUCACUUUAAAUAUUGUCUUUGUCCUUUUGCCAAAAUGUGCUAACUAAGCCCUCAAAGAUGUUUUUAUGAUAAAUUUUAUAAUUUUGGGUUACUGCCUGGAGGCAAGUUCAUCUCAGGAUCCAUUUCUUUAUUUCUAGAAGAAAAUAUAGAUACACUUGAUUUACUCUUUUAUUUUUCAUAUGCCGAAGAGUUCCUGACUAUAAAUAAAAGUCUGAUAGUUUCUCUCUGCAACAGAACAUUAAGGUGCUAUGUAAUUACGCACAAAAUUCACAUGUAAACAUCAAAAUAAAGGGUGAAAAAUUCAGUGCUCGUUACGUAGGAGUUCUCCAUGUGUGACAUUGUAUGUGUCUUUAAUUAUAUGAUCACACUUUUUUUAUGCAAGAUCCUUCAGUUUGAGAUGCAUACUGCUCACUGAAUUUAAAGAAAAGGGAGGGCAGUAAUGCGUCUGUAUCUACAUUAUAUUUGAAUGUUUAUCUGAAUAGAGAAUUUUUGCUUUUCCUUACAGGCUUUUUCCAGUGUAAUCAUUGGAAAAAUAUCUGAAUGCUUCAUGUAUACAAACGCAUUAACAACAUUGAGAGGUAGUAACAUUAUCAUCAGUGUUGUCAAAGUUAAGGCACAGAGGGAUUCACUGCAAGAAUGGCUGCUGAUUUGGGGUGUUCUUCACUUCAUCAAAGCAGAGUUUUAAUGGUUGUAAUUUACAGGUUAUUCAAGAGUGAAGACAGUUCAUCAAUAGAAGAGCUCACCAUGGCUUCAGAACAGUGUUUAAUUCAGCUGGACCAUGUCAGCUUGUCCAUAUGUUCUGUGGUCCUGUCUGUAUUAUUAGGACUUUUCUAAUGGGGGAUUAUUGUGGUGCUUAGAAACUGCAUUGAAGAAAGCCAUGCAAGUAUUGUAGAUGCUGUCUGGUACCUACCUUGUACUGAUAUUUCAGUGUUCUACAGAGGCUUAAAUUUGGAACUCAGAAAAUAAGAAGCAUUUAAAGAGAGGCCACCUGUUCGGUGUAAGAAACUCUCAGAUCUCUGUAAAUCCCCGAUAAAGAGAGAAAUAGAAUUUGGGUACACCCAUCAGGAGUAAUUUGCUUUGGCUUCCCAACGUUGCCUCUGUCUCCCCUCCCCCCGGCGGCCUGCUUCCUGCACUCAGUGCCAUGUGCCACGGCCACCCUCCCGGCCCGGGUGCCAGAAGAGGGAGCACCGAGCGCAGUGCAGCCCCGACCCUUAUCGCAGUCCUCUGCUGCCUCACGUGAGAGUAACCAAUCUGCAGCACUGCUGACGCCACACGGUUGUCACAAAACCUCACUUCUGCUUGCUUUUUUUUUUUUUUCCUGUCUUUCUUCGUUUUUAUUUAUUUAUUUAUUUUUCCUGUCCACGUGCAGCUUGAGAUUCAAAAGCUAAUUGCUUUAUCAUGAUAAUCAGAAAAUUUCCCAGAAGACUGAUUCCUGAUUCAAAGUAGAUCUUUGGGGGGUUGGGAAAAAAAAGUGCAUCUUCCAUUGUUCCUUAAAAGAUGUCUCGGAACCUGAAGUCUGCUUGAAGUAGAAUCCUGUAAAUGUAUUGUAAGUAGCCUUUUGGCACCAUUUGCAUUUAUAGACUUUAUAUGCGAAUACAGUAUGAUUGCAACCUAUCUGUCCACUGGGCUUGAAUACAGGAAGUUGGCUAUCCUGUAACAUCCUCAGGUCGUUCCAGGAUAGUGCUAAUUACUCAGAAGAACACUGCUAAGUACAGAGUCAGUGUAUGAAAGGAGGGUAGCGAGUCCUCUACAUGAAAACAUAGUAAAAAUUUUCCUCACAAUGGGAGUUUUGGUGGUGACUUCAUCUAUGGCAUUUCUGUAGUGUUGGGCAUAUUAACUGGCCAUUUGAUAGCGUCUGAGCUGUAUCUCUUUGUUAGGCUGAGCUGUGCUUGCCAUCCUGUGCUACCUGUAACUGUGGUUACAGAGUCUCAGUCCAGGCUGUCUGAAGCAGUUUGAUCACCUAACUGGAUGUCUUGGGAAAAUUCUCUAAGGGCUGCCCUGGUGUGCGAUUCUCUGUUCAAGGUGCUCUGGUGGUUUCACUGCUUAUAAAAUCUUAGCCUAGAAAGUAUUAGCUGAUAUCUCUCUCGUUUGUUUGCUUGUUUUGCUGCUUAAUUUUAUUUAGGGGAAAAAAAAGAAAAAAGCAUUGCUUGGUGAAUGGCUACAGACUAUAAUGAUAAGAGCAUUUUGUCCUCACUGUGGUACUACUAAUUCCAGUUUGGUGUGACAAUGAUAGAAGAGCUUUAUAGAGCAGUUUGUUUUAUUAUAAGCAGUCCUUAUCCUGUCUCUGUCCCAUCCUAACAAAAUGUCUAGGGCAUGUCUUCUAGCAAUAUAAUUAGAACGCAGAAAGGUAUCCUAUGGCCAUAUGCCUCUCAGUUGAGAAGAAGAGAGGGGAAAAAAAAUGGUUGAAGGAGAAGGAAGACUCUCUGCUUCCUUUUAUAUAGUCUUCAUAAGCACAGUCACUAGAGGUUUUUGUGGCUUAAAGUUAGUAACAUUAUUCUAUUAAAAAAAGUUUCAUUAAUAUUCCCCGAGGUAUAAAUAUAUAACCUUGAAUGUUUGUUAUAGUGAAGGGUCACCAAAAGUCUGCUUUUUGGUGCUGUUGUAGUUCCAGGGAAGAUAAAGAAAGGAAAACUUGGUUUUUGUUUGAAUUCUGUUUGUUUUUACUCAUUUCAGUGGCAAGUUGCAGUUUCUGGGUAUAGAAGCCAGCAAAGCUGACCUCUGCAUCCCUGCAAGUGGCUCAUUGCCAGCUGGGAAGAAACUGGCAAUUUUCAAACAAAUCAUUGAAGCUGCUUUUUCAAUAUUGUUUCUGUAUUCUUCAAUAUUGUUUCCACAGAAAGUGAGAGGAUGCGAUAUUUGCAAAUUUCUGAAGGAUAAGUGGACAGAAUUUUAAAUGGCCUUUUAGGUAGUCCAGCAGAUCUUUCCCUGCCUUAGUAGACAACAAAACUUUACAAAGUAUAUGCUAUGCAGUCACUGGCCUUCCAAACAGUUGCCUCGAAGACCGAAGCUCUCCAGAUUUGAAUGUUUCCAUUUCUGUUUUGAAAAAGGGUUGUCCUUGGCUAAUGAGAGUUGCCCCUCUGUGCAGUGCCCUUUAUCAUCAGAGUACUGCCCACUGCUUGUUGUUAGAACCUCUUAAAAAGAAAGAAAAGCAAACCCACCAUCUGCAAAACUAAUUUGGGGUUAAUUUGUUAGUGAAGCAUGCUCAUCUUAAGUGUGAAGUAGCAAUAAAUGUCAUAAACUCAAACCCCAUUGCUUUAUAAAUGCAAAUGAAGCUAUUAGAAGUUGGGCAGUUGGAAGGGAAGUAGUGAGUAGGCAGGUGCACGUGCCUGGGUGUGGCAGCAGAAGAGUACUGCACGCCAGCUAUCUGGGAUGGCACAUUUACAGUGUAAACUAUCAAAUGCAGCCCCGUGCCAGCCUCUUGGAGUGCACUGUUCUUUCUGCUGCUGCCCUCCACCUAUCAGUAAGAGAACAGGAGCUUUUUAAGUUGCAGCUCCUGUAGCUUUUUCCAGGACCUGAACUCAAAUUUCUUAAAGAGAUUUUUGUCUACAGGUCAGUCUGUUGGAACUGAAGUGGUGGUGCUUAGAAAAUGUUGGUUCAUCUCUCAGAACUGGAGGCUUGGUAUUGUGUGUGAUGUCUUAUGGAUGAUAAAAGUAUGUGAUAAAAGGCUUAAGUACUGAUAAAUAGUUCUCACACUUUGUUUAUGUCAGAGUUAAUUGAACAAAGCUGCUGCCAAUUCGCUUCUCAAAGAUAGUAAUGAAAAUUGCAAAGAAACUCAGCAGUUGAGAUCUGCAGCAUUAUUGUCAAUUUUUGCUAUGGGUUUGCUAUCUCGAAAUACUUCACAUGUAUUCUGAGCUCUAUAAAAGGACUCCUCUGCAUUUUAUUUAUUUAUUUAUUUGUUUAUUUUGUGGAAAUGGAAGGAAGGAGUAGAUUGUUAUUACAAAAAUGCAGUCUUUUGUCUGAAUAAGUUACACACAAAGGUGUGUUUGGAUAUACAUACCUUUAUAGUUUUUUUAUCUCAGAAUUUAGCCAUCCAAAGCACUUUCCUCCUGUUCAGCGAUGCAUCACCUACACAAGAAAUGAGAGGGUGUGGAGAGGAGAUGGGAGAAUGUCAAGCAUCUGAUACUUGUGUUCUUCCUUUGCACAUCAGUCACUUCUUAAAGUAUAGCACAAUUUCUGUAUAAUUUAGCAGUGGUUUGCUUGUUCUGAUAUGAAUUUUGAAAAUAUCCUUUGCAUUGGUUAUUUAACUUAGAGACACAAACAGUGAAGUUUUGUUGUUUGAAUUUCUGCCUGCCUAAUAGCAAUGAAAGGAGAAGUACAAACUAUGCAAACGGAUUUUAUUGAAGUAUAAAGUCAGAGCCAGCAAUUUACACAAUGUACAGAAAUGACAUGUCAUUACCACAGACUAGCUACUACGGGAAGUUACUGUUGAACUGCUUGCCAAAUUAUAUAUUAAGACUUUACAUACCUCAGUCCAUAAAACUAACUGGGGACAAAAUACUCCGUGCACCUCAGAGUCCUUUAAACUUUUGGGCUGGGGAAGAAAAAUGUAAUGGACAACUACAAGGACAGGUAUAAUAAUGGACUAUUGGACAGGUAUUGAGGUAAGAGCUUCUCAAAUUUCCUCAAAGUCUGAAAUAUUGUAUAAGUUAGGUGUCAGUUUUCAUGGGCUCACUUCUUAGUCAUGAAUAUGUAUGAAUACAGUAUCCAUAUCUCUUCUUAACCAACGUGGUUCUUGUGCGCUCUAAUUUUAGGAACAACUGCAAUCUUAGGCAAAUCCCUGAUGAGGGUAAAUAAUUUGCCUAAUGGCAUCACUAAUAUAAAACAGUAGUUGACUUGCCAAGGUAGUUGCUCAUGGAUUGGUAGCAGUCUGACAACAUGAUUUCUGAACAGCAGUAAUAGCUUUUUAUAGUUACACUCUAAAUACUCAAACUCAUUUCUUCAUAUGUGAAGUUGUGGCAUCACUGCUAGAUGUUAGGUAAUAGUGAAUUUUUCAACAAUUUGUUGAAUUACAGGUUAAAUUACUGCUGCUUCUGAAAAGGAGGAAAUAAUUCACCCUCAUCCUCUUCCUUCUUCCUGGCACUGACAUUCUUGCAGCCAUACUGUAACCCAGAUGAAGAUUAAUUCAGCUGAAAAUGUACAGGAUGUAAAAGUUACUUUUUAAAGGUGUACCUAAGAAGAUUCUGUUCAAGAGAAGGUGGAAGUAAUCAGCUUGGGGAAGGCAAGGCUCUUUCUUCCCCUGUUGCAUCUUCAGAGGCUCCAGUAUCUUCAUCAUUCAGGUAGGAUAUCGGGAGCAAGCACUGUUCCUCUUGUUCAUGCCAAUUAAGAAGUGCAAGGAACCUGAAAUCAAGGCAGGUACUGAUACUGCUUCCCUGUUGCUGCUUAAAAGGAUGAUAAGAGAGUUGGUGGGUCUUCCGAUAAAUAUUUCCUCUGGUUUGUAGCUGCGUUGCCACAAAUGUUUUGAAAGGAGUGCACCUGGCUGAGUCAACUGUGCUUCUAUUUCUUUUUUCAGAGCAGGUGGAGUACAACUGUCAUUUUGUGGUAUUUACAAGGAAGCAGUAAUAGAAGACUACUUUCAUUAUUCAUGCAGCAUGUCCUUGAUGGAAUGGAAGCAGAUAAUACAGAAAUCAGUUAGGAAAAAAAGCUUUUUUGCUUAUCAACACCUUACAUUUUCUUGUUGUCUGCUUUGGGGCCUUUAUGCUGCAGAACAUUGUACUGCAUCCCAAGAUCUAAAAUUUGGAGUCUGUUGUACUUGACACUGGCAGGAAGUGGAGCCUGAAUAUCCGUAAAGAUCUGUAUUUGUUGCUUAUUUUAAGGACUGGGAGUUGGAAAUAAGUAUCACAGUUCUUCAUGAAUGGAAGAAUUGUCGAAGAACGGAUAGAACCUUUUGGACAGUACGACAUCUAUAUUUAAGUUCUUUAUGCAUAUAUAUGUUUAUAUGUUAUAUAUGUUUUCUAUAUUUUGCUUUGCAUAAUUUUUAAUGUGCGUGUGUGUGUGUGUAUAUACACAUAUGAAAUAAAUUCCAUGACUAAGGUAGUGCAAAUAUGGGAUAUUGCUGGAACGGUUGUGCUUCUCACACAUCUUCAUGCAUAUUUUAAUUUCUGUCAAGUCUUGAUUGUUUUAUCCUUCUUUCCAACUUCUGCUUCCUAUUCCUCCUGUCUGCAACACUUUUUGGUACUGGAGCUGCAGCACAUCAGUCUGGAUUCAUGAACUCUCCAUAAAUACAGAAGGAAGAAUUAAAUGAUUCCCAAAUUAGAAUUUGAUGGUAUAUACAGUACAGUUAUGUUAAUGAAAAGAAAGUAUUGACUUUAACUAUUUGUUUUCAAUUAGGAAAAUUCCUUUUCCCUAUAAGUCAUACCAAAUGUGGGCUGUGUUUUAGAAAAACAAGGGGAGAAGCAGCUCCUUUAACACCUCACAGUGCAAGUACCACUGUUCUGAUGAUGGAAAAGGCUUGGGGUGAAGCCCAGGAUGAUGUGGCAAGAUCAGCCUCACCACCUCCGCUCUUUUACUUCAGGAGCAAGGGCCCUGGCUUCAGAGGAGCAGCGCAACUGCUCAUAAUGUGUUACAGUUCCAGCACAGUACAGCCUUGAACGGCUUGGAAGCCUUGGGAAGCUCCAAAAUAAGUCAAAUGUCUCAGCAUAUGUAGUUAGAAGAGAUGUCAUGCAGAUUAAGCUUUGGGAUAGGUUCAGAGUUCUCCAAGUUAUCUAAAUUCAUGUUCUUCUUCUAUAACCUUUUUGUCACAAUAAGAAAUUACAAUUAUGUAUAUGAGCUAGAGCAGAGAAUAUGGAAAGUUGGGAAUUAAAGAGACAGACUAACUUGCUUUUCUCUGUUUUUAAAAACAGCUAAUUCAGAUUUUAGCUACAAGGUCCAUACACUUCCAACCCAGCUGUUGUUUCUCCAAUGUGUGAGAAGUACAAUGUAUAAAUAACUUAGUGUUAUAAAAGGAUUUCUCUUUCACGUAACUUCAAUUUUCUCCUGAAACAGCUCCCAGAUCAACACUCCAUUAAAAAUCAAAGGUGCCAGGUGCUUCAGAAUUGCUGUGACUGAACUGAGCAUCAUGGUUUUUUUUUCUCUUAAAUAUCAUUGAUGCCUCACACACAAGAUUUUUAUUUCAUUAAAAUGCUGUAAAUCCCUUUAGUUUACUUACCUUUUUUCCAAAUAUGUUCUUAGUCUCUAUACACUAGGAAAAAAACCAUCAGAAACAGCUAAUUAUUAAAUGUAAAGACACUGCUAUAUUAAACAUGAUUGUUUAACCAAUACCAAACUCCAUUUUCACACAUAUUUUCCUAUCUUAGUGAACCUUCCUAUAAUAUGAAAAUGUGUAUUAGCUUUAUAGCUGUGAAACUUCUAUUAACAUUAUGAGAUCAUUCAUGUGUGAAUUUCUGCACACAGAUAAAUUGAAGAAAAGUGCCAUAAAAAUACAAACAGAUUCUCCUGGAGACAAUUUGUUAUCAGCUGGACAUAGAAUUCUGAUUAAAAUAUGACAUAUUAAUGGGGGUAUCUUAAUGCUACCACAGUAAGUUUCUAUUUAUGUGUUUGCUUUAACUUAUAGUCAAGGUUAGCCAUAAAAUGAAGUUUUAAGUAAGUUACUGCAACUGGAUUUAAAUUGGCUAACAAAUGUUAAGAGAAAAAUCGAAACUGUUACAUGGCCCUUCUCAUCAGCCUGGCUGUGAGUAGGGAUGACCCAUACAGACUAUAUUCCCACUUCUGCAGAGCCCAAAUUUGGUCUCCUUUAACAUUUGUGGUAUGAUAUUUAUUGAUGAAGAGAACAAAGGUUCUCUUUUGCACUUGAAGAGCAACCCAGCUUCCAAAGAAAUGAGAUUUCUUGUCUGAAGGAAAAGGAAAAUCUGAGUCUGGAUGAAAAAGUGAACAUCUGGACUGCAUAGUAUCUAACUUGUAGUGAAGAACUUUAAGCAUGGUAUCCUGCCCCAAAUAUUCUUGGAGCUUGGCUGUAAUACUUGAAAAAGCUUUCUAGUAAUCAGUCAGUCAGCAGGAGAAUCCACAAUUUCAAAUUAAAUGUCAAACCUACCUUGUUAGAAGGACAGAAUAAUUGCCCUGAAAUAGGAACUGCAGGACUCGAGUGAGAGGGGCAGCUUAACCUAGUGAAAGCAUCUUGCACAAAAGAGGAUCGUGGAGGUUUUUAAAGCUAGGGCACUUGGUACUGCUGUCAGCAGGUAACUAUUUUACUUGAGAUUUAUAACCUUGAGUGCUGUCCUGAUUAGUGUUUAUGUUCUUUCAUUUAAAAUAUGAUUCCUCGGGAGGAAGAGUAGUUUUCUUGCUUCUAGAAGUUACGGCCUUCACCAGAGAUAAGCCAAGUUUUAUUUUAAGUGAUAAAAUACAUCUGUACUCACCUUUUAGGAUAUUUGCAUGCCCUGCUUUUCAGGAUCAGAUAAUUUUUCCCCAUUCUUAUAGACUGUGAUGCUGGCAGUGCCCCAGACUGGUUACUCUCAAUGGCAUUGAUGAGGUGGAGAGUCUUGCUGCAGUGAAUUUCUGACAAGUAGUAAGUUGCUUUCUUUUUGUUAGACAUAAGAUGCGCGUGUGCCUCUGCAAGUCUUCUCUAAAGACGACUUUUCACUCAGCAUGAAUUAGAAAGACUGGCUCCUAUCCUCUCCUGUGCAAACACAGAGCCUUAACUGCCUUAGAAAGUGAUGCAUUCCUGAUAAAUGCUCAAUCCAUCAUUAUUUUAGAACAAAAAGAGAUCAGAAGCUUGUGAAGACAUCGUUAAAUUGAGAAGUCUGUGGCCACAGUAAAUAAGCAGGAGCUGUGCACUGGCAAAAGCCUUAAUCACUGAACCCAUUUGAAUCCUUUCUUCGAAAAAGUCAUACUGUGAAGAUGUUCCUUUAACCCUCACUAUAACAAGACUUCUUGAGCGCAUGAGAUUACCAAGGUAGCUCAUUGGAAAGUGAAAUAGGGCAGAAGGAUGUCACCUCCAGCGCUGUUUCACCUGAUAAUUUCCUGCUUGGAGAGAUUUCAAACAUGCAUCCUUUCUCAUCUGGUACUGUUCAGCCUUGGAGUACUACAUGUUCUUGGACACUGAUGAGUGGGUAAGAUUCAACAUAGGACUGUUCUGCUCAUCUCCAUAGCUAGCACCAACAACCUGAGUUUUCCUUAGACUCCCUUUCUGUUCCUAACUUUAUCAAAGGUGAUGAAGAUAAUACCAAGGCCUGAUGUGGCAGGUGCUGCAAGUUUCUGCCUUUCUCUCAGUCACGGAUUUUGAACCUGAACAUAAGAUCUGUCUCACCCAGAAUCUUGUUGCAAACAAAGGAUAACCAAAGACACUUACGUGGCACUGAGAAAUGUGGUUUAGUGGGCACACUGGUGAUGGGUUGACAGUUGCACCUGAUGAUGGUAGAGGUCUUUUCCAACCUUUAUGACUCGAUAUCACAUUUCUCCGUGAAGCAUGGGUUAAGUGCAAAAAAAAUUCAAUGACAGUUUAUUGACAGAAAUGAUUGGUGAGCCAUGUAGGGGAGGUGCUCUGCUGAACUUUUCACUUGUGAACAAACUGGGGAUGUGAAGACUGAGGGAAGUUUUGGCUGUGUUCUCACAGAAGUGAGCACAGCAAAUGGUAUAAUUGGAAGCCUGGAAUUCUCGGGAGCAAAUUUCAGCUUGUUCAGAAUCUGCUUGGUAGGGAGACUGCCCUGGAGUCAAGGAGUCAUGGGACAACUAAUUGAUCUUUAAGAGCAGUCUCCUCAGAACAUAGAAGUGAUCAUUCCAAAUCAAAGAAUGUUUAAGAAAUGUGGUACAAGGCUGAUAUGAAUGAACAUGACACUUGAAUGACUUCAAACACAAAAGAGGACUAUUUAAAAGGAAGAAGCAGUACAAAGACUACCUGUAUAGAAUAUACAGAUAUUGCCCAAGUCUGCAAGAUGGGAAUUAGGAAAGCCAAAACUCAGCUGGUGUUGUAAUAGCAGAGGAUGUGAAAGGCAACAGAAGGGGCUUAAGUGGUAGCAAAAAGUAAGCCUAAGGAAAAAGUGAGCCAAGUACUCUGUCAGGGGGACUCAGAAACAAAAGGUAUUGAGAUGGGUAAGAUGUUCAAUGCCUUUUCUGCCUACUGUUCCAUUUUGUUUCACUGGUAAGAAUUAACC